UCUGGUGCAAAUCACGUCUGUCUUUGCAUAUGAGCAUUUAUUCUACAAGCCAAUAUAUAUAUCAAAUAUGAUAGUGGGCUCGAGAUGAAUUAUGAUAGAAUGCAACAAGGUCAGAUAACAGAUAUAUUUCACCUUCUUCGAAAAAAACGGUAAUGUAUAGCCUAAAGAUUAGACGAAGGUGAAAAAAUCAUUAGAAAAAUUUCAAAGUUCAGCGUUUAUAAUGCGUGUUGCUAACGCGAACCCUCAAAAAUUCGGAAUUAAUAGCUUUAAGCUCACACAAAACCAACCAACGGGACAAUAUAGUAUGUCAGGUGGUAAUGGGGGAGAGGGAAGCCUACCAUCUGCCCCACCUCCCAAUCAGACAGGGAAAACUACACCUGUUUCCGCGGACGGACGGAGAAGGGGAACACCUGUUUAUCCCCCCCACACUCCGAUGAGGACCAAUGGCGUGCAACCGGACUAAACAACCAUUGGUUGGCCAGGGAUACACCUGCAAUUACCGGGAGGAAGAUUCUUAUUUCAGAACAAAGUUUAUGUCCAACUGGAUCUGUUCGAGAUUCGGUGCGGAUUAUGGUGGAAUAACGUUGCAAAGAAUACAGAAUCAUAAUGCCAAGAGCAUUUUUAGUCAAGAAAACAUUGCAGAGUCGCAGUAGUUGGAUCGGUCAAGACACCGAGAAUAGUGACCUGUCAGAAAGCAACAGACCGCACGAUCUGAGUAUUAAAGCAAAAGAUGCUCCGAAUGAAGUGUCUACUCCACCUCCUGCAGUAGCAAUGAUAGGACCAACCUACAGUCAACAAUACGACUUUCCAUUAGAACCACUUAACCCAAAUGUUCCUACAGUACUACGUACAGCGAUCCAACGUCCUUAUUAUCCGACCUACUUUACUAAUUUUGGAGGUCAGGUCAAUGACGUUUAUUACUAUCCUCUCCCCAGUCCUUAUUCAUUUCAAGGACAGAAUUCUUCACUCUUAUCCCUUUCACCUCCUCCCAGAGAUCUUCAUCCAACUCUAACCGAUCCUCUCAGAUUGGGAUGUUACGAAGGAAAUCAAAGAGAUAGUCUUUAUCCCGCAUGGAGUCCAGAUUCCACAAAUCCCGUCGAUAACAGUGAUAAAGUAGAAGAAACGAGAUUUACUUGUAAUUCGUGCGAUAAAAGUUUCUCAACAUCUAAUGGCUUGUCAAAACAUCGUCAGUUUCAUUGCUCGUUGCAUUCUAAGAAGUCUUUCAGUUGUAAACACUGCGAUAAAGUCUACGUAUCUUUGGGAGCGCUAAAAAUGCACAUCAGAACACACACUCUACCCUGCAAGUGCAAGCUCUGUGGCAAAGCAUUUUCGCGACCUUGGCUCCUGCAAGGACAUAUCAGGACACAUACUGGAGAGAAACCUUUCGCCUGUUCGCAUUGCAAUCGGGCUUUUGCAGAUCGCUCGAAUCUGAGGGCUCAUCUACAGACUCAUUCCGACGUAAAGAAGUAUAGUUGCCGAAUGUGUACGAAAACUUUCUCGCGUAUGUCUCUGUUAACGAAACACGAGGAAGGCGGUGGUUGUAUAGGAUCCAAUCAGACCUCUAGAUCGUCUUAAAUUACAAUUUCUACUAAUGUUUCUCGUGCAGGAGACGUAAAGUCCGACGUUCCACCCAUUAUUUGACUGAUGAAUCCGACUCCAUGGGUGUAUAUUGUUUUAGGCAACUUUUUUAAACGCCUACGUGGUUGGGAUGAUGCACCAAACCCGACGUAAUCUUUUGAUUUAUCAGCUAAGGGCACGAAGAGCUUUUAUCUCACGUUACGUAAUACUUCCUUGAAGAUUCGUUGCCCGUUUCGGAUAUAGAAAAUAACAAAAGAACUGCAAUUCGAAAAGAACGGAAGAAAGAAGUCAUUUAAAUUUUAUACAUUAACAUUUUUUUAAAAGCAAGUAUCAAUUAUGUUUUGAUUUUUUAUAGAAGAUGUAAGGGCAAUUUUCCUCACUUUUUAGUUUUAACUUAACAUUCUUAUCAACCAGAAGAAAUUUUUGAGAAAAGUUACUUUGAAAUUACAUCCGAAGUUGAACUUAUUUAUAGAAGAAAAAUCACCGAUCCAACGGUUAAAAGUCUUAAAAUAUGACACUUCUACACCAUUAAAAUUUGAUUUAAAACAAAACUUAUUUCUCUGGACGAAGCUCGUCUACUUUCAUUUCUUUAUAAAAGCCCGAAAUCGAUAGUCUCUGGAAAUUGCCAGAUUUGUAUAUUGUAUUUAUUAAUUUUAAUAUUUGCACUAAAAGUCAAUUUUUUAAAUAUUUUUUGUAAAUAAUAAAUAAUCAUUUUUUUCUUUUUUUUAAUAAGUAUUCACACGAAAAUUUUCCUGAAUUCGCACGUGCCAUAUUUAAUCCCUCCCUAGUCAUAUAUGUAUUUUAUUCAUAAAAAAAAUAAUAAUU